GAUCGUAUUAUUUUAGAGUCGAAUACUACACCGUCAUCCAACGGCAUCCCUGAGCCAACUGAAAUUCAACGACCAACUUCGUCUCCAGCUAUACUGGCGGUUCAACAAGAUAACGGUGAUGUCGAAUCUAUGAUAACAAUAUCAUCAGCAUCAUCAAUGAACGCUAUUGAUGCUGGAGAAUUAUAUCGUGGAUGGUUCCCCACAUUACAACGCACCUUAUGGAUACUUUCAAAACUUUAUCGGUGUGUUAAU